CUCAAAUUAUCCAUAAAUCAUCAUCCUCAGACUCCACCAAUAAUUUUCUCCCCCAUUCAUCUCUGUUCUACCAAUCACAAAUCGCCGAUAAACCUCUUUCGCCGGUAUUAAUGGGGAACGAACGGAACGCCGCCGUGUACUCCUCCGCUCACAGCCGGAAGCCUCCUCCACCAGGAGAAAACACGCCGCUCCUCGGUGGCGGACGGCCUCGGUCCUCUCAAGCGAAGACGUUCGCCAACGUCUUCAUCUCAAUCGUCGGCGCCGGUGUUCUCGGCCUUCCUUACGCCUUCAAGCGCACCGGAUGGGUCAUGAGUCUCAUGAUGCUCUUCUCCGUCGCUGCCGUCACCUAUUACUGCAUGAUGCUUCUCGUCUACACUCGUCGGAAGCUCGUCGCCGACGGUUCCUCCGAGAUCAAUUCAUUUGGUGAUUUAGGGUAUUCAAUCUGUGGUUCAUCUGGCCGAGUGAUCGUCGAUAUUCUAAUUAUUUUAGCCCAAACCGGCUUCUGCGUGGGAUACUUAGUCUUCAUCGGCAAUACGUUGAGCACUUUGUUCAAUUCAUCCCCCAUGGCUUUAGGCUCUGAUUUUCUAGGAGCUUCCCCUAAAAUAUUAUACAUAAUUGGCUGUUUACCCUUCCAAUUGGGCUUGAAUUCGAUCAAAACCCUGACUCAUUUGGCUCCAUUGAGUAUUUUUGCAGAUGUGGUUGACCUAGGAGCUAUGGGAGUAGUGAUUGUUGAAGACAUUUCUGUUUUCUUGAAGAAUCGACCUCCAGUGGAGGCUUUUGGAGGUUUAUCAGUGUUCUUCUACGGCAUGGGAGUAGCUGCUUACGCUUUUGAAGGAAUCGCAAUGAUUCUCCCUCUAGAAUCAGAGAUGAAAGACAGAGAUCAAUUUGGUAAGAUCUUAGGAUCUUCAAUGGCGUUUAUUGCUAUUCUGUAUGGUGGAUUUGGGGUUCUGGGUUACUUUGCUUUUGGACAAGAAACAAGUGAUGUGAUUACUUCAAACAUGGGUCCUGGUUUAUUAAGCGCCAUUGUUAAACUGGGUCUCUGUAUAAACUUAUUCUUCACUAUGCCAUUGAUGAUGAAUCCAGCUUAUGAGAUUAUUGAGAGACGAUUCUCAAGAGGAAGAUACUGUGUUUGGCUAAGAUGGUUAUUGGUUGUAUUAGCAACUUUAAUGGCGAUGUGGGUUCCUAAUUUUACAGAUUUCUUGUCUUUGGUUGGGAGUGGAUUGUGCUGUUCAUUAGGGUUUGUACUGCCUGCAUUUUUUCAUCUGCUUGUUUUCAAGGAAGAGAUGGGAUGGAAAGGUUGGUGUUUAGAUUUAAUGAUUGUUGUUUCUGGGAUUGUUCUUGGAGUUGCUGGGACUGUUAGUGCUGUUGAACAGAUGUAUUUUGCUAAAGAAACUUCUUCCAUUUCAGCUUAGAAAUGGAAGUUUGAUUCUCUGGGCUUUCAUUCAAAGUUGAAAAUGAUGAAGUCUCUGUUGUUGUAAAGGGAAGACAUCAUCAUCCAUCUUCAUCGUGCUUCAAGGAGAUUCAGUAAUGGAGGAUCGAUGUUUAUUUGUGUUUAUGGUUAAGAUUUUGUUCUAUUUAAUGCUUUCAAGAAGGUUUAAUUAUGGCAAAUCUGAUGUUAUUGAGCAUCUGGUUAAGAUUUUGUGUAUAGUUUUAGGUAUUAUUAGUAGUAGUAUUACCACAAAUUUCUUGUUUGUGGGAUUUCUCUUCUUGUAACAUGAUGUAUUAUAGUUUACACUAGAAAUAAUGUAUUUGUACCGUGCAAUGGAUUUUAAAUUAUAAAUGGUUGAUCAUUAUUA